AUGGCUAAGUCUACAGUAACCAGAAGCAAUAACAACAUAUGGCUUAUUGGCUUUCCAAAAGAAACUAUCUCAGGUGCUCGCCUCCCUUCAGGCCAAGAUGUCAUGAAAAAUUUUGUAUUCUAUCACCGUGUACAGAAGCUAAACAUUAAUAAAGCUGCACAACAAGUGCACGAGCAACUGCUCCCAUUUUGGGUGAAAUCAAGACUGCCUGUACGACAAAAACCUCACAUAAUACAGAAAAUUAAAGAUCUGUAUGCUGACCAAGUUCGUUUGAUGAAGCAUCGUAAGAGAAAUAACUCUACUGAUCAAAUGAACCAAAAACAAUACAUAAAUAAGUUGAGUCAACUUUUUGACAUCAGCCAUGCCAACUCUGAACAGUUAAUAAAAAAUGACAAAGACAGACAAUUUUUGAAAUUACAACAACAAUCAAGAACGGGAUCAAUUGGGUCUGUGGACAAAAAACUUAUGGUUAAAAAAAAACGAGUUGCUAAACGUCAAAAACGAUUUAUCAGAAAUGUCGAUAAUGCAGCAAAAGAUGCUGUAUCAAAAAUUGUUUACCGUGGACGGAGUGGGUUAUUAUCAACAGCAGAGUCAGCUGCAGACCAACAACUGGGCAGUGCAACACAUUCAACAACAUCAUCCGUUUGCCAUGAUUCUAAUGAAGAUGUUAAAUCUGAUGAAGAAUUUCUUGUACAAUCAGCAUGCUCAAGUAAAACAAACUCUACAACACAACGCAGACAUCGCAGAGACAUUAUAUCUCUCAAAGUUGCAGCUGUGCUGGAUAGGACAAAUACUAGCAUUAGAAAGUCAAGUAUGAUUCUUGCAUCGGCAUUCAACGAAGCUGGUGUUCCGAUAUCAGAGUCAAUAUUUUCCAAGAGUACAAUGCAUAGACAUCGCCAGCGCCGUCGUCAACAAGCUGCAGCUCUUAUAAAAGAAAAUUAUGUUCCCUCAAAAUCUAUUGUUCAUUGGGAUGGGAAACUUUUGAUCGAUGUUACUGGUGUGGUCAACGUAGAUCGGUUACCUGUCCUGCUCUCAUCACUUGUCGAUGGCACUACAAAACUUCUUGGAGUUUCAAAGUUAGCAUCUUGUUCAGGACGAGCAGUUGCUGAUGCAGUUCAUGAACAUAUAAAAUCUUGGAAGUGUGAAUCAAUGGUUAUUGGCAUGUGCUUUGACACGACAGCUUCCAAUACUGGAAAAAUCAAUGGAGCUUGCACUCUUCUAGAAAAAGCCAUGGGACGUAAUUUAUUAUGGAUGGCUUGCCGUCAUCAUAUCUUUGAAGUGCUGCUUGCCGAUGUAUUCAAUGUUUGUCUUGGACCAUCCACUGGACCAGAAAUUUUAUUUUUCAAAAGGUUUCGUGAAAAAUUGACAGAAAUGAAUCACACACCAGAAGCCAGAUCAACCCCUUUGAUAAUUGUUUCAGAUGCAAUAAAAGCAUUCAUCAAAUGUCAACUUGAGGUCAGACAUUCACGAGAUGACUAUUUAGAGUUUCUACUUCUUGCUGCACAAAUAGUUGGGCUGCAGGUUGUUGUAGCCAUUCGCAAACCUGGUGCACUGCACAUGGCACGAUGGAUGGCAAGAGCCAUCUACGCAUUAAAAGUUGAACUAUUAUUCACCGUAAAUAAAACCAUUUUUAACUUAACAGCUCGAGAAUUACAAGUUCUUGGUUCGACUGGAUUAAAAAUGAUGCUGCGUCAUUCUUGGUACAUGAGUCCAGAAUUGGCAACUCUUGCUCUUUUUUCAUCUCUCCUGUCUGACAAAGAAAAGACUGAUCUUGUCCGCACAAUACAACAAGAUCGAGGCCCACAUCUGAUGAAAAUACACCACAAAUUGGUAGCGAACGAUCAAACACCAAAAUCGGAAAUUUCAACCCCUUGGGGGACCUCUAAACAUUGUCCAAAUGGGCUAAAAUUUGGCAGCUCACAAUUUUCUGGGAGAAUUCAAAAUAGUUUAAGACUACACAUUGCUCAACAUCCGAUUCCAAGCCGAGCCAAGCCAAGCUGA